CUUUGAUUGAUAACCUGCUCCAAAAAUCUGAAGCAGUCACAGCGUUAUGUCGCCGUCUCAUGUCACAUGAUUAUCUUGUCAACCAAUCAGAAUCAAGCUAUCUACAGCAAUAUCCGAAUGACAUUCAAAAGAUUUGGAAAGUUCUGCAUGAACUAGUUGACACUGAAAGAAAUUAUGUGAAAGACUUGGACUGCCUAUUAAAAAGAUUCUUGGAACCUCUUCAUUCGGAAGGAAUGCUUGAUGUCCAAGAUAUAGAUUCAUUGUUGAGAAGUGUUCAAAGAAUUCUAAACUUUCAAAGAACUUUUCUAGAUGACUUAACUGAAGCUUUAGCCCAUGAUGAAGUUGAUUCUUUUGCAUUGAAUCGGAGUCUUUUAUCUGUGACAUCAUCGUUUCUACAACACGCUGCUCAGUUCAAACUUUAUGCAGUUUUCUCAACCUGUCACACGGUGGCGCAAGACAUCAUAGAACAAGCAAAAUCCGAAUCGUCUGAUAUCAGAAUAUUUCUAGAAGCAAGAAAUCCGAAGCAUCAACAUUCUUUAUCUUUGGAUUCUUAUCUUAUCAAGCCUAUCCAGAGAGUUUUGAAGUAUCCACUUUUAAUUCGAGAACUGCUGUCACUGAGUGAAUCCAUAGAUGUUGUGAGCACCAAAGCACGAAAUAGACUCAGAUCAGCCUUGCACGCGAUGCAUGCAGUUGCAAGACAUAUAAACGAUACUCAAACCGUUCAUGAUGAAUUUGGAAGUCAAGGUUUCAUUGACGUUAUGGAUCAUGCAUCAGAGUAUGUUGGACAUGAUACCACAAUGAUGCUGAACCUGAAUGAGUUAUUAUGUUAUUGCAAGACAGAAUGGACAAAUUCUCCUGAUGAAAUCAAUACCAAGAUAAAGAAAGGAAAUAUUAUUGAAGCUCUAAUAUUUGUUUUUCAAAAGGCAGUUGUGGUACUAUGUCGUGGAAUUAAACAUCGAGAAAAAAAGAAAGCCACACCCCAACAUGAUAGUGCACCAAACUUGCGAUCAUCCGUGCAGACAGAAUUUAUACAUUCCGAUUUCAUUCAUGGAACAGAAUUGAGUGUUGAUGAGAAUUUUUCAGAAAAUAAAUUGGAAAUAUUGAACAAAGUAUCGUCACAAUCUUAUCAACUCUGCUGCGAUUCAUUAGAAACAAAACAACGAAUUGUGAAAACUGUUCGUUAUGUUAUCAAAGAUUGUGCCAGAUCGUUAAAAGACUGCACAGAUUCAUUACAAAGUUCUGAAACACCAUUAGAUGAUGGCACACCAUCAGUGGAAAAUUUUGCCAUGCCCGGUGAAAGUACAGCAGACAAGGAUACGAACAUAAACGUCAAGACACAGAAUGAAAAUUUAAAGAGUGAUCAAUCUGACAGUGACAUUGAUAGUAACAGUGUCAUUAAAAUUAUCGAACCAACUGCUCGCAGGAAACAAAGAGAAUUUUUCUAUCGACCAAAUGAAGAAGAUAGGCGAGGCUCUGAAGCACAUAUGAGUGAUGCCAUCACAGACUUGAAAAACUCAAUACUACCAUCUAGUGGUUCAGUACGAAGUGCUUCUCCGAUCCCGAUAGAAGGUGCUAAGAGAUUGACAGAAUCUCCCACACCACCUAGUGACAAAAGAAGUGAGCUUAAAGUUCCAAUGACAUUACCUUUGCCUACCUAUGAAGUUGCAGUGUCAAAUAUCAUGGCUAGCAGUGAACUAUUGAAAUCACCUAAUUUAAGAUCCGGACUUUGGAUUUCAAGUGCUCCAGCCUCGAUUCGAUCAUAUAAUACUGGUUCAAAUAGGUCACUGGUUAGCUCCUCUUCCAAAGACAGUGUAUCGGAAUCCACCAAAAUUGAUAGUUAUGCAGAUAAGCCAGAAUCAUCCAUCCAUGACUGCCAGAAUAUGGAGCAGGACAACAAAAGCUCGAAAUGUGAAAAUGUAGAAAAUAAAUCUCACAAUACUAUUCCGAAAAUGUCCAAAAAUGGCUCACCUGCAAGGUAUAAUAUGGUUUAUGGUGUAGCUCCUUUUGAAAGUAAAUUGUAAUAAUUAUUCUUUAAAUAUCAUCGGGUCCCAGUGUGCCAUUUUUGUCCAUGCUUUAUGUCUUUGUGACAUAAGUAUUUGUCCUGUAAAAGUGCCAUGUCUUUUAUGGAGGAUUACGAGAUGUAAAAUAAUAAUAACCGAUAAAUUCCAGAUAUGUGAGAUCGCUAUUUGCCAUCGGUUAUUGGCAAUCCCAACUCAUAGCCAAUCAAUUCAAAGAACCAAGCAACCGAUCAGUUUUUUUAAGGUUUUUUGUUUAACAGAAAAUUAUGCUCUGAAUAUUCAGACACCUUCAGUAAAUCAAAUUCGUGACAGUCACAAAAAUUUGGCGUCUCCCGAACCGUUUCGAUUUACUCGAUCUUGACUUGCUGUAUUAAUGAUAAAAAUUGUACAUGUAUUAUUGAUGUUUGGGCGAUCCAGAAAUAUGUGUACCAAUAUGGAGGUAACUAAUUUUGUUCGCCUACUUUACAUCAAGUUGUGUAAAGGGACUGAAGCCUAUGGGCAGGGGGUAUAUCCACUUGGCUAACACAGACAGUCCCAGACUCGUAAAAGAACUAAAAUAGGAAAAAUUGGAAUAAAAUUAUGACCUGACCCUAACCUGGUAAACAUAGUCACAUACUACGGGAGUGCCUAUAUUUGCUAAUCACCAAAGUCAAUAUUUUAUUAUUUAUCUAUAGCAAGGAGUGAAAUAUUUCUAUCUUGAAUUCUACUCUCUUUAACAUUCCUAUCGUUUUCUACUUUUUCAAUAUUUACUAUCAUUAUUACAAUACACUAUUUUCAUAUAUUUUCUACAUGAAAUAUCCUAGAUGUUCCAAAUAUUGUGUUUCAGCCAAAUAUGUGAGAUUCUCAGUAUUAUCCAUCUGUGUUUUUGUGUCUUUAUUAUAUAUUAAUGAAAAACGUUUUCCAAUGGUGUCUUAAGUAUGAUAAUUUCUUUAUCCAUGUCUUUUUUAACUUUUCAUUAAUUCUUCAACCUAACAGUAAUGAAUCGAUUAGAAAGCUGUUUUGUAUUUGACUAAUAUAUUGUAUUACUAAACUUUUGUAUUGACCAUGCUCUUUGAUAACUGUUGAUUUAUGAAUGAGUUAUGUUACCUGUCUUAAAUACUGUAUUUUCCGAUGUUAUUUGCUAAUGCCAACUUUCUGUAUACAUAGAUUAUUAUUCUAGAUUAAAGUCUCUAAUUCCUAAUUAGGAAAUUAUGAAAUUUAUUGGUGAAAUUGCUUGACAAUAAUAUCAAAAUAAUCUGUUAUUUUAAAAGCGAAAUCAUGCAGCUUUGGAACAACUAUAUAUGGAAAGUACCAUUUCACUAUCGGCUCUAUUUUUAUUUUAAUAAAAAAUUCGUGCUAUGUUGCCUAUUUUUGAUAAAGACGAUUAUCCGGUAAAACUGUUAUUAUACUCUUGAUUGGAAAAUUAUGUUCCGCAAGUUCCCUAUUCUUGUAAUAGCUGUAGUUUAUUAUGGUAACUCUGCCAACAACAUCAAUUGUUUGAAAACCAUGUUGUAUUCAUUUUUAAUGUCACAAAUUAAUUUUACCUACAGUGUUUAUUUUGUCUUUAUCAUGUUUUAGUUAUGCUCUGACAAAGUGACUGAAUUGUGAUCUAUCCACUGACUCUACAAAACACAUGAUAAAUUCCUGCUUUAGGUGAUUAAUAUCAAAAAAUGACACAGCAUUUACAAAUACUUGAUAAAACUUGUGAUAUAUGUGUAGUAUACACUGUCAUUUUGUAUUUUAUACUUUCAUCACUGUAUCAU